AGGAAGGCACUGUCGCUCCUGUUCUUACCUAUCCUAUACCAUGCAUUUACAAUUUUGACAUUUACUAAUCGGCUUCCAGGGAAGGCAGUAACAGCUAUGAAGAUUCGAUUUGUUAGAGUAGCUUUUCUUCUCUUCUCGGCGGUGGGCGUACCUUCGCUAGGCAUGUUACCAAUCGUUGUCGAUGAAGUACCGACGUGUCCUCCCAAUUAUUACUCGGACGGUUUGGGUCAAUGUGAAGCAUGUGAAACGUGCAAAGAGCUCACGAGGCCCCCUAGUGGGUGUAAAACAUCAUGCGUGAAAUCAUUUGGAAGUGUAAAUUACGUUGUUGUCGGCGUUUCAAUUGCUGUAGUGGUACUCGUUGCUUUCAUUGCCACUGUCGCAGUUCUUCUGAUCCGACGGCAGUACAAGUUGCGAUCGACCACAACAGAUACGGAAAGGCAAGAUCGGCCCACUCAAACCGAUGCGAAGAAUGAGCCAACUGGUACGCCAUCUACGACUCUAUUUCGCCAUGAUGGGGAUGAUGAUACUCAGGCUAGUAUUGCGUACGGCAGCAUGGAACAAGGCACGGCAGAACAUUGGCAUAGACAUAUCGGAACUGAGACCAAUGAGGGACACAGUGGACCAGCCAGCUCCACGGCAGAUUACUCUAUAGUCAGACAGUAAAUCAUUUACAUAAUACGCAGCAUCAUCAUCAUCAGAUUCAAAUUUUACAGAAUAGAGGUUGACAAUAUACAAUCGCAUGUAAUGGCGGAAAA